GGCAGCGUCGCCUUGGUGUCUCGCGCUGUGUUCCAGCUUGUGUGAAGCCGCUGGUUGCGUGUGGGAGGCGCGCGGCGCGGAAACUGCGCGUGACACCCGCUCAUCCCCUGCGCGCGCACCCCCACAAGCGCACUCACAUAACCCAACUGCUAAGGGGAGGGGAGUUUCAGACGUUAGAGGCCGCUGCCCGCUCUGGAGUCCUGGCUCGCCCCUCCCCGCGGGGAUGGGUUACCUGAAACUGCUGCUGCUGGAGAACUUCAAGUCAUGGCGGGGGCGGCAGAGCAUCGGCCCCUUCAUGAGAUUCAACUGCAUUAUUGGGCCCAACGGAUCAGGAAAAUCAAACAUAAUGGAUGCCGUUAGUUUUGUAAUGGGUGAAAGAACAGCAAAUUUACGAGUGAAAAGUGUUCAAGAACUUAUUCAUGGAGCACACGUUGGAAAGCCAUUUUCCUCUACUGCAAGUGUGAAAAUAGUGUAUUGUGAAGAGAAUGGAGAAGAGAAAACAUUUUCAAGAAUUAUUCGAGGUAGUUGCUCUGAGUUUCUUUUCAAUGAUAAAACUGUUAGCCGAUCGGUUUACACAGCAGAGCUUGAAAAAAUAGGCAUAAUUGUCAAAGCAAGGAACUGCAUGGUUUUUCAGGCAGAGCGUUACCAGAUGCUGCUUAAAGAGUUGAAAGAAAACAAGAUACAGAUGCAACUUUUCCGACUUUAUCACAAUGAGAAAAAAAUUGACUUUUUGAACAACAAAUUGGAUGAAAAGAACAUGGAUGUGAAUACCAAGAAAGACUCUCUUUCUUCUGCUGAAGACACAUUUAAAGCUAAGAAAAAAGUGCUUGGAAUAUUAAAUAGAGACCAACAACAAAUGGAAAAAGAAAUGAAAACCCUGGAAGCAUCAUUGAAUCAGAAAAGGCCCCAAUAUAUUAAAGCAAAGGAGAACACUUCUCACCAAAUCAAGAAAGUAGAUAUGGCUAAGAAAUCCUUAAAAGAUAAUGAGAAACACCUUGCUAAACAAGAGCAAAACAUAAAAGAAUUGGACACUGAGCUGACUGAUGUUGAGAGAAGUUGGAGAGCAUUUGAAAAGAAGGUUGAAGAGGAGAUGUUACAGAGAAGAGCAGAUGUUGAGUUGGAAGCAAGUCAACUGGAUCGGUAUAAAGAGCUGAAAGAACUAGCGAGAAAGAAAGUAGCUACAUUGACCCAGCAACUAGAAAAACUGCAGUGGGAGCAAAAAGCAGAUCUAGAAAGGAUGACAUUUGAUGAGAGGAAGCAAAAAGAAAUUGAGGAAAAUAUAAAGCAAGUUGUGGAACAGAUAGAAGACCACAAAAAACGAAUUGAGAAGUUGGAGGAGUAUACCAAGUCAUGCAUUGAAUUGUUAGCAGAGAAAAAACAACAGGAGAAAGUCCUAACUGAUGAAAUGGAGAAUUCAAGGGUACAGAUAGCCCAAGUAAAUGAAGAACUAAACAAAAUAGUUGGUGAGCUGCAGAAUGCUAGAAUUGACUACCAUGAAGGAAGACGCCAGCAAAUGAGAGCAGAGAUGCUGGAGAGUCUCAAAAGACUUUAUCCUGAUUCUGUGUUUGGAAGACUGCUUGACUUGUGUCAUCCUAUCCAUAAAAAAUAUCAGCUGGCUGUUACUAAAGUCUUCGGCAAGUACAUGAGUGCCAUUGUUGUGGCUACUGAAAAAAUAGCAAGGGAUUGCAUUCGAUUUCUAAAAGAGGAAAGAGCUGAGCCUGAAACAUUUCUUGCUUUGGAUUACCUUGAUAUUAAGCCCAUCAAUGAAAAAUUAAGGGAGAUAAAAGGAUCUAAAAUGAUGAUUGAUGUUGUACAGACUCCAUUUACGCCCCUGAAAAAAGUGAUACAGUUUGUAUGUGGGAAUGGUCUGGUCUGUGAAACUGUUAAAGAAGCAAGACAGAUAGCAUUUGAUGGACCAGUGAGGUUGAAAACAGUCUCUCUUGAUGGAACUUUAUUUUUGAAAUCUGGAGUUAUCUCUGGAGGGUCAAGUGACUUGAAAUUUAAAGCUAGAUAUUGGGAUGAAAAAGAGAUGAAAGAAAUGAAAGAAAGAAGGGAUAGCUUGGUUAAUGAACUAAAGGAAUUAAUGAAGAUCAAACGUAAGGAGACUGACUUGAAACAGUUACAGGCACAGUCCCAGGGAACUCAGACUCGGCUCAAAUAUUCGCAGAGCGAAUUAGAGAAUAUUAAAAAGAAACACCUGGCUAAUUUCUACAAGGAAAAAUCUAAGCUUGAAAGUGAGUUAGUAAAUAUUAAAUCACAGUGUGCUAUGCUGAACGAAGGACUUCUACAAAGAGCAGAGAAAAUUGAAGAGUUUCAAAAGAAAAUGAAUGAGGCUGAAGACGCUGUAUUCCAGGACUUCUGUGAAGAAAUUGGGGUAGAGAAUAUUCGUGUAUUUGAGCAAGAACGUGUGAAACAGCAGGAAGAAACUGACAGAAAAAGACUGGAGUUUGAAAACCAGAAGACACGACUGAGCAUUCAGCUUGAAUACAGUCGUGGUGAGCUACAAAAAUUGGUGAACAAGAUCCAAAUGUUGAAGGAGACGGUUCGUAAGGAUGAGUCUGAGAUUGUCAGGCUAAAGAAGACUGAGGAAGAAUUUCUACUAAUGGUGAAUGAAAUAAUGGAGGAACAACAGCAUCUUAAGGAUAGAUUAAUAACUCUCAAAACUGAGGUUACAAAAGCCCAAAAUGAAGUUGAGGAAUCAAGGAAGAAAUUAUUAACCCUUAAUAGGGAAAUGGGUAAGUUACAAAAGGAAGCUAUAUCUAUUGAAACCUCUCUGGAACAAAAAAGAUUAGAGAGACAUAAUAUGCUUCUUGAAUGCAAGGUCCAAGAUUUGAGAAUUUCUCUCUUAUUGGGAUCUCUGGAUGAAAUCAGUGAAGUAGAGCUGGGAACCGAAGCAGAAAGCACUGAGGCUACUGCAGAUAUUUAUGAAAGAGAGCGAGCAAUUCAGAUAGACUAUAGCAGUCUAACAGAUGAUCUAACAGACCUACAGUCUAAUAAAGAGAUUGAGGCUCAGCUGACACGACUGCAGCAGCAAAUAGUAUCCAAAGAAAAUGUUUUAUUCAAAACAGCUGCACCAAACCUAAGAGCACUGGAGAAAUUGCAGACUGCUAAGGACAAGUUCCAAGAAUCAGUAGAUGCUUUUGAGGCCAGCAGAAGGGAAGCCAGAAUAUGUAGGCAAGAAUUUGAACAGAUAAAAAAAAGAAGAUACGAGCGUUUCAGCCAGUGUUUUGAGCAUGUCUCGGUAGCUAUCGAUCAGAUCUACAAGAAACUCUGCAGAAACAGUUGUGCUCAGGCAUUUCUCAGCCCCGAGAACCCUGAGGAACCAUAUCUAGAAGGCAUUAGCUAUAACUGUGUGGCUCCUGGAAAACGCUUUAUGCCGAUGGACAACUUGUCAGGAGGUGAAAAAUCUGUGGCAGCACUGGCUCUUGUGUUUGCAAUACACAGUUUCCGCCCUGCCCCUUUCUUUGUUUUGGAUGAAGUGGAUGCUGCACUGGAUAACACAAACAUUGGCAAAUUUCCUCAGCUGUAAAUGGUGAUCUUACCUGCCAUGAGAAAGACCUGAGACACCUUCAAAUGAAGGGACCUUUAUAUAUUUGCCAGUGUUUUGUUACAGAAAAUGUUGUUUGGAAAUAGAAAAAAUAUGCUUAAUAAAUACUGCAUGUACUUUUUGCAUAUGAACAGGUUAGUAUAUAUACAGUACUUAUUGGGAUCCACAGAGUUUUAGAAAGGCCUGGUUAGUGAAAACUUGUUGGAGAUCUUCUGCUGUAAUAUGGCUAGAGGGCUUUAAACUGAAAAUUGAAAGAAAAAACUUCCCUAAACUUUUUAAUUGUGUAUAAUACUAACUCAGUUUCAGAAUGGAUUAUGGUCAGUCAUCUUGAAAACUAGUCAGGUUUUAAAAUCUUCAGAAUAAUUUCAACAACUAUGCCUACUUACGACAUAGCAGAUAAAAAUGUACACACAGAAGUGAGAUUUUAAAAAAUGUUGCUUCUAAUUUUCAUUUAGAAUUUUAUCUUCUGUUGUGGUAUGAUGUCUUCUUUAUUCACCUCAAAUUAUAAAUGUAACUCUAUGCAGUAACACUUUACAGCUAGUGAAAAACAUUUUCUGCCACAUAAAACAGCACAGUAAUACAUAUUUGUAAUCUGCAAAACAUUAUGUAAGUGGUAACAAGCUGUAAAAUUUAUGGCUUAUGCAUGGAAAUCUACCUAACUUAACAGCAUUGUCAAGUAAAAUGCCUUACGUUAACUUUAGAAAUGUCACAUUUCUAAAGUGGACUGUUUUCAUAUACGUUUUUAACAGGGCCAAACCUAUGGGGUCAGACUGUGAACCUACAUCAUGUACAGUCUUUCUUGGCCAGUUAUAUUCCCCCUUUUACCCUGCCCAUUUCAUAAAUGAAUUCUGUCUGCUGAGUAAUUCAUUCCUUUUCCCAUUGUUCCCUAAUCAAUUUGUGAUUUAAAUCUGACAGAACCCACUUAUCCUAAAAUUUGUGGCUUUUCUCCAAAGGUAUCAAGCUUCAUCAAAGAGCAGGCAGAGGAACAGUGUCAGAUGAUAGUUAUUUCUCUAAAGGAGGAGUUUUAUUCCAGAGCAGAUGCAUUA